GUUUAUAGGUAGGCGUACCUUUUUAUGGCAGGCUUUUCCAGAAAAUUCAGCACUGCCGAUGAGAUUUAAGCCGCAUUCUGGUAAGUACCCCAUUUCAAGGGGAGCAAACUAAUUGGAGUGAUAACGACAACAACAACAACAGAUUAUAGCAGGUGGACUCAACCACUAAUAGUGGCAACAUGGAGGAGAGUGAUGCCAUUAAAAUGACAGAGCUGCCUCAUUCAGCCUCCACUGAAUCAGCACGGGAUCGUAACCCAGAGCUGGAUGCAGAGAUGGAGAAGGUGUUCCAGGCACCUGUCAAGUUUGAGAUCAUUGAUACAUCUGUGGAGGUACAGCCAGGAUAUAGUGGUCAUUACGAUGAGCAGGACUAUGAAAGGCAUCGUCACUCUGACCACCACCACCAUCACCACCCCCUUAGCCCCCUCCGUAAGAACAAGAGUUUCCCAAGGAUGGGACAUCAUCAUCAUCAUGCUUCACCAAGCCAUGGCAGGACAAGCAAAACUAGCUUCACUGAUCAUACUGACAUCGGUCCUAUAGCAGAGGGUGACACAGAGCUGGAUGUAGAGGAGAUUGAUGGCAGGCCUGAUGAUGUACAUGUUGAGGAUGUCAAGGUCGUGGAGGAAGAACCAAGAAGAAAUGUACCAAAGUUCAUCAUCGGCGAUCCUGACCAGGAUCCAGACCAGGAAGACCUUGAGGAUGAGGUUUCUAGUAGCUUGGUGAUUACUCCAGAGUUAGAAUCUGAGAAUAGAGAAGACCUUGAUCAAGUAGCAGAUAGUGAACCUAAGAAACAUCAUAAACAUCACCAUCACCAUCACCACCAUCACCACAGAGACAAAGAUGGCUCUACGCCUGAAGAUCCAUCCCAUAGACAUCACCGACAUCAUCACCACAGAAAGCAUAGCACUACUGAUGUACCAGAGUUACGAUAUCGCAAGGGUAGUCAUGUUAACCUAGAGGGUCUAACAAGGGUCCCUACAGAGCUGGAUGAAGCCAUGACACUCAAGGAAGCAGAUCUGGAUGACAUGGCCAUACAUCGUUUGGCUGAUGCUCCUGGUGUCCAUAGGCACAGAGUAACCAAGAAAGUUAGCUCCUUAAUCCACAUUGGCCAAAGAGCAUCUGAAGUGUCCCUCGCAAAGUCUACUGUAGCAAAGAAAAAAGAGUUUGAUCAUCGGCCACACGAGGUGUUUGUUGAGUUGGAUGAGCUUUUUAGGGUUGAAGGUCAUGAUAUGCAAUGGAAGGAGAAAGCUCGUUGGAUUAAGUUUGAGGAGGAUGUUGAGGAAGGAUCUAACCGAUGGGGAAAGCCUCACGUGGCUUCAUUGACGUUCCACAGCUUGAUUGAACUACGCAAACAUUUAUCUCAUGGUGCAACUCUAUUGGAUCUUGAGGAGAAGCAUUUGUCGGAUAUCUUCCAUCGUAUUGUAGAGCAGAUGAUCAUCUCAGAUCAAAUAACGGAAGAGAAUCGAGGAGACAUUAUGAGAGCAUUGCUUCUUAAACACAAGCACGUGCGUGAGCACCAUGGCCUGUUGAAGAAUCUAUCCACAGUCAGCUUAACCUCCAUGAUGGGUCAUCACCAUGACAACAUGCAACGAAACAGCCAAUCAGAAGUCAAUUUCAGACACAUGAAUGAUCGGCAUGGUAGCAUUAAGAAUAAUGUAUCAUCAGCAAGCCUCACUGAUAAGGAGAGUGUAAUGAAGAAACACGCCACAGAACCAGCUGAUAUAGAUUUACACUAUGAGAAUGAAGUGAGAUCACCCAUGCUGAUGCCAUCCAGGGAAGAACUAGACAUAACGACUGUGGAUGAUGAAGCCCCUAUCAACUCCAACAAUACAACUCCCCAUCGACCCCUCCACCUCUCCCGCUCUGUUGGCAAGAAGCUUGAUCAGAUGCGACUGGACGGAAUCAUGAGAAAAAUCCCUGUUGAUGCUGAAGCCACAUCAGUACUCGUGGGUGAAGUGGACUUCUUGAGUAAGCCAGCGCUGGUGUUUGUACGGUUGGCUGAGGGGACAAUGCUGGAGAACUUCUCAGAGGUUCCCAUUCCUGUGCGCUUUGUCUUUGUUCUGCUUGGGCCAAGCAAUAUGAAUGUAGACUACCACGAGCUUGGACGCUGUUUCUCCACUCUGAUGUCUAGUGAGAACUUUCAUUCAACAGCUUACAGCGCUGACUGUAUGGAAGAUCUCUUGAGUGCCAUGAAUGAGUUCAUUGAUGACUCGGUUGUCUUGCCUGCCGGUAAUUGGGAUAAGGAGCUACUCUUACCAAUCCUACGUACCCAGAACAUUAAGAUGAGACAGCGGAGGCAGAAACAGGAUGCCAUCAUGGAGGAAGAGGAGGAGCUGGUUGAUAGGAAGCUGACAGAAGUCGAUUUUGGGGAGAAACCAGAGAAGAGGCUAGCAAAGUUCAUUGACCCGUUGAAGAGGACUGGUUGCCUGUUUGGAGGUCUAGUCAAUGAUGUGAAGAGGAGGUAUCCAUUGUAUCUGAGCGAUCUUAAAGAUGCUCUCAAUGUCCAGUGUAUUGCUGCUACCUUCUUCAUCUUCUUCGCUGCACUUUCACCUGCUAUUACCUUUGGAGGUCUACUUGCCGAUAAAACCAACAAUUUAAUUGGUGUGUCUGAGAUGGUUCUUGGUACAUCUGUUUGUGGGUUAGUGUUUGCCAUCUUCUCAGGGCAGCCACUCAUCAUCAUUGGUGCUACUGGCCCUGUCUUGGUCUUUGAGGAAAACUUGUACUCAUUUUGUUCUAGCAGCGGUAUUGAGUUCCUCCCAUUCAGGGCGUGGGUGGGAAUAUGGAUCUUUAUUAUAAGCACUGUGACUGUAGCUCUAGAGGGCAGUGUUCUCGUACGAUCCUUUACCAGAUUCACCAUGGAGAUCUUUGCCCUUCUCAUAUCGCUCAUCUUCAUUUUUGAGGUCUUUAAAAAGCUGUUUAGUAUUUUUAAAAUGCACCCUCUGGUGGAGAGCUACUGCCCUGACGCAAUGAACCUUUCUGAUCCGUACACAACUGCGUUCCCGGCACUGGAAAAUAGUUCAGAGUUUGUGACGGACAUGAAUGAAUUCAACAACACAAAUAGUACUGAUGAGGCUUGUGGUGUUAUGAAAGAACUAAAGACCAACAUGCCCAAUACAGCAUUGCUGUCAACCAUCUUGAUGCUUGGAACAUUCUUCUUGGCAUACUUUCUUCGUAUUCUAAGAAACAGCCGGUUUCUUGGUCGAGGGGCACGUAAUACCAUUGGUGACUUUGGUAUUCCCAUUGCUAUUAUUGCAAUGGUUCUGCUGGACUUUCUCAUCUUCUCAGCAACCUACACACAGAAACUGGAUGUACCGAAUGGUUUAGAGCCAACAGACAGCUGUGAACGAGGAUGGUUCAUCAACCCUCUGGGAAUUAAACAGCCUCUUAAUGUGGGAUUAAUGUUCGCUGCUAUCAUUCCAGCAUUCCUUGUCUUUAUUCUCAUCUACAUGGAAUCGCAAAUAACAAGCCUGAUAGUCAACCAAAAAGAGAACAAACUUAAGAAGGGUUCUGGAUAUCAUCUGGACUUGUUCAUCGUGGGCUGCUUAGCGUGUUUCAACUCAUUGUUUGGUCUACCCUGGAUGUGUUCAGCGACUGUGAGAUCUGUAACUCAUGUUGGUAGUCUGACUGUGUUUAGUCGGACCCAUGCUCCUGGAGAGAAACCAAGAGUUAUAGGAGUCAGGGAGCAACGGAUAACCAGCUUCUUUGUACAUAUCCUCAUAGGUUUAUCUAUUGCUCUAGCAUCUCUACUCAGGCAGGUACCAUUAUCAGUCCUCUUUGGAGUGUUCCUCUACAUGGGUAUUGUAUCUCUAAAUGGUAUACAAAUGGUGGAUAGAGUGAUCCUCAUGCUGAUGCCCGUCAAACACCACCCGGAUGUAUCUUACACUCGCAAGGUAAAAACUCUGCGUAUGCACAUUUUCACUGGUAUUCAGCUGCUUUGCCUUGCUGUUCUAUGGGUCGUGAAGAGCACCGCUGCAGCCCUUGCUUUCCCUUUUUUCCUGAUCAUGCUGGUACCUGUGCGGAAAAUCCUGGGUAGGGUAUUUUUGCCCUCAGAAUUAGAAGCGCUUGACUCUGAGGAAACAGAGAAGGACGAUGAAGAUGAGGAAGAUGCAUAUAAAACAGUCCACAUGCCAGUGUAAAGCGCUUGGGAGAAUUUGAAAGGAAAGAUAGAUAAAUAGUGUGACACAGAACUGAAUUCUCCUUACAUUAUCACUUUAUUUCAGUAGCUAUGUAAGGUAUGGAGAAUAUCAAUCCAAGUUUAAGUCUUGUUUUAUGUGCUGUUGCCAAAGCUCAAUAAAUUCUCCCUACUUUAUUGGACAGAAAAUAUCUAUGCAUGUGCUUUAUUUUGCAGAUUGCUAAGUGUAAUAAUUGUACAUUUUUGUAAUGAAGUUUAAGAAGUACUAUUUUUUAUAGCAGACGCAAAACCAAAUAGGUUAUAUUUGUGGUCUUCUGGUCCUUUACCUGUUAACGUUGCAUUUUGUCUUUGUGUCCGGUGGCUCAUCGGGCCUCCAUGCUCAUUUUCCACCUAUUUCUAUCAUACAUGUUUGACCCCAUACCUCAUAUUCAGAUUCUCUAAGUUCCUUUUCUACCAUCCUCCUCCAUGUUGUUUCCAGUCCCCCAACUCUAUCCAUCAACCAUUUGUUUUUAUCCAGUUCCAUCUUGUGUGUUAUCUUUCUGACAUAUAUGUGUGUAUUUUUGAGGUAUGUGUGAAUUUGUUUAGUUCUUCCAUCAUUAGCCAUACCUGAAAUGGACCGUAUUUUAGACACAUGGAUUGUGGCAAAUUUUCUUGCAUGACAACUACAGCAAUGCCUCAAAUCACAUAUAACUACAGUUUUAUCUUUUUUGACUGCCUGUGUGUUAUUUUCUUUGUAUCAACGGCCAAAUAUCAAUAUAAUAAUAUUCAACAAUGAAGAAAGCAAGUUUGUGCAUCACAUUGGUUUAGUUUACACAUGCAACAUGCAACCCAAAAUACUGCAAACACUGGAUUGAAAACACUGAACUUUACUUUUAUAAUUUCUAUUUUCCACCAUUCACAACCAUACUUCUUGUUUUAAAGAGUUCCAUUUUUUUUUCUUUUCUUGCCACCCUGUUUUGAUCUUCAUACCCAAACUUAACACAGUUCUAGCUUUAUUUGUUCUAAGAGUCAAGUCCUCACCCCUCCAUCUUCUGUGCUUUAUUGUUUCUCCAGGUAUCCAAUUUUCAUCCACAUCUGUUGUAGUUCUUGCAUCACAUCUUCCUUCUUCUUAUUCAAUACCAUGGUCUUUGUCUUCUUUGCAUUUGACCUUUAACCCAAGUCUGCAUGCCUGGCUGUACUAUCAAUUAUUCUUUGUAUCUUUAAAUGAACGACCUAAGUAGUCAAGAUUUUCAAGGUUUGAUAUCGAUGAGCAUCUCAUUACAAUGUUUACCCGUGGUAAGGCAAAGGUCGUGGGUUCUAAUCCAAAGUGAUUUGCCUGUGGGUUUUUUUUUCCACAGAACUCGGGAAAACGCAGUAUACAGUAAGGGUCAAAACGGAAUUAUCUUAAUCAUCACACUGUCAAUGGUCAGAAGAAGCACGAUUACUGACAUCAUAAUUAUAGCCCUAUUACUGACUGUCUCAACACUGAACUGUUUAAUCUUGUUAUAAUCAUCCAAAACUGCACAGUUACUAACUGUAUACAUUAACAAGACCAAGUUCCAAAAGAGUUGUCCCUGUCUACAGAAUCAAAUGCUUUUUUUCAAAUUCCUUUGUAAAGACUAAAAUAUUAAGAGUAUUUUUGGAAACUGUUGAACAAGAGUGUUGCACAUUACUAUUUGUAUGAGCUCCAUG